AUGUUGGACUCCCUAGAUGGACUUCCCAGUCCUCACUUCGCGGCUGGUUGCACGGGUGCCAUUGCACUUACCUCAGGGCUGGAGGGGUUGACGUCUUUGAGGUCAUCAGACAUCGAGAUGCUGUUGGAAAAAUGUCAGCAGGCACCCUGUGGAAAGGGCGAGAAGACGGUCGUCGAUGUCAGUGUGCGCCGAGUCAUGCAAACUGUUGAAGUAGGGGUACAGUGGCCGGAGCUUCCAAGCGUAUUGCAAGAAGUAGAACAACAGCUCUUUCCCGGAACAGUUCUCCGUGCUGAGCUUGAUAAGUUGCUGAUUUACAGACCAGGUGACUUCUUCAAGGAGCACCGAGACUCGAAGCGAUAUGACGACCACGUGGCCACCCUCGUAGCAAUUGCUGAUUGCUUCCAUACGGGCGGGGCAGUAGUUUUCUACGAAGAUGGCAGGGAAGUGGCACGUUGGGAGGGGGGAGGUGGAUCAUGGUGCUGCUGGCUCACCUCCAGCAAGCACGAGAUUGAACCCGUCCUCGAAGGAUAUCGCGUCGUUGCAACAUACAAGAUUCUGGCAGCACCUUCGGAAAACCAAAUCUUUCCAGAACGCUUCGCUCUGCAGCUUUCGGAAUGCAUGCCUGCAAUAAGGGCACUGCUUGAGGAGAGACACUUUGUGUGA